AUGGAUCCUUAUGUGCUCUGGAGCAGAACUCUGAUGUCUUUACCAGGCUCUCCUGGUUUCAACACAGCUCAUUCCUCUUCUACACCCUCAUCUAGAACCUCAUCUACAGCUUCAUCUAUAGCCACAUCUAGAACCUCAUCUACAGCUUCAUCUACAGCCACAUCUAGAACCUCAUCUACAGCCUCAUCUACAGCUUCAUCUACAGCUUCAUCUACAAUCUCAUCUACAGCUUCAUCUACAAUCUCAUCUACAGAUUCAUCUACAGCUUCAUCUACAGCCUUAUCUACAAUCUCAUCUACAGCCUCAUCUACAAACCUCAUCUACAGCCUCAUCUACAGCUUCAUCUACAAUCUCAUCUACAGCUUCAUCUACAAUCUCAUCUACAGCCUCAUCUACACUUCAUCUAUAGCCACAUCUAGAACCUCAUCUACAGCUUCAUCUACAGCCUUAUCUACAAUCUCAUCUACAGCUUCAUCUACAGCCUUAUCUACAAUCUCAUCUACAGCUUCAUCUACAAUCUCAUCUACAGCUUCAUCUACAGCUUCAUCUACAAUCUCAUCUACAGCUUCAUCUACAAUCUCAUCUACAGCUUCAUCUACAAUCUCAUCUACAGCUUCAUCUACAAUCUCAUCUACAGCUUCAUCUACAAUCUCAUCUACAGCUUCAUCUACAGCUUCAUCUACAAUCUCAUCUACAGCUUCAUCUACAAUCUCAUCUACAGCUUCAUCUACAAUCUCAUCUACAGCUUCAUCUACAACCUCAUCUACAGCUUCAUCUACAGCUUCAUCUACAGCUUCAUCUACAGCUUCAUCUACAAUCUCAUCUACAGCUUCAUCUACAAUCUCAUCUACAGCUUCAUCUACAGCCUCAUCUACAGCUUCAUCUACAGCCUCAUCUACAAUCUCAUCUACAGCUUCAUCUACAGCUUCAUCUACAAUCUCAUCUACAGCUUCAUCUACAAUCUCAUCUACAGCUUCAUCUACAGCCUCAUCUACAGCCUCAUCUACAGCCUCAUCUACAGCUUCAUCUACAGCUUCAUCUACAGCCUCAUCUACAGCCUCAUCUACAGCCUCAUCUACAGCCUCAUCUACAGCUUCAUCUACAGCCUCAUCUACAGCCUCAUCUACAGCUUCAUCUACAGCCUCAUCUAGAACCUCAUCUACAGCUUCAUCUACAGCCUCAUCUACACCCUCUUCUACACCCUCAUCUACAACCUCUUCUACACCCUCAUCUACAGCCUCCUCUACAGCCUCAUCUACAGCUUUAUCUACAGCCACAUCUAGAACCUCAUCUAGAACCUCAUCUACAGCUUCAUCUACAGCCUCAUCUACAGCCUCAUCUACAACCUCAUCUACACCCUUAUCUACAGCUUCAUCUACAACCUCAUCUACAACCUCUUCUACACCCUCAUCUACAACCUCUUCUACACCCUCAUCUACAGCCUCCUCUACAGCCUCAUCUACAGCCUCAUCUACAGCUUUAUCUACAGCCACAUCUAGAACCUCAUCUAGAACCUCAUCUACAGCUUCAUCUACAACCUCAUCUACAACCUCAACUAAAGCUUCAUCUACCGCCUCAUCUACAGCGUCAUCUACAACCUCAUCUAAAGCUUCAUCUACAGCCACAUCUAGAACCUCAUCUACCGCCUCAUCUACAGCUUCAACUUCGACCUCAUCUACACCCUCAACUACAGCCUCAACCUCAUUUAUAGCCCCAAAUUACAGUCAUCAACAGCAUCAACUGCAGCCCCCUCUACAGCCUCAUCUACAACAUCUGCACCUGUGUGUAACAACUAAGAACUUGUUUAAUGUUGAGCUAUUAGAUAUAAUUUUAGUGAAGUUCUUGUCAUUUGUAAUUAAAUAG